AUUCGUGCUGCCCAGUGUCGAGUAUCAAGUGCACCCAGCGAUGCUGUUAAAGUCCACUGUGUGGCGCUGGUGCAACUCCUCCCGGUGUUAGCUAGCUUUGUUGACGGAAGUUCCCACGGAAGAAGAGAAGGAGUUGCGAUGGUGCGUGUGAAGUCCAGGUAUUUGCUGUGUGAAGUCCACGUGACGGACCGGAGCCGUCUGUUGUUGCUGGAUGACCGAGCUGUGGCUCUGGCCGUGAAGGCAGCGGUGGCCCGCACACACGGGGACUAUGGGGCGGCUCUCUGCAGCAUCAGAUUCUCUGUGAAAUAUCUGAAUGCUCAUACUGGAAUAGUAUUCCUGCGUUUCCCCAAAAGGUGUUACAAACUCCUCUGGUCUGCAUUGCCUUUCAUUACCUGCAUUGAAACUCGUGGGCAGAAAAUCCCAUGUUUUCUGAACUGUUUGCAUGUCGGAGGAACAAUUCGAACAUGUCAGAAGUUUCUGAUCCGAUACAACACCCAGCAGCUCCAUCGAAUGCUCCCUAAAUGUAAAAACGAAGAAGAAAAACAAGAAGUUCAAAAAGCAAUUCUGAACUGCACUCUAACGAGAGGAAACCAGGAAGCAUUCGAAGAUGAAUUUGAGAGUGACGAAGAGGAUGAAGAAGAGUGACUUCACAACGUGCAGUAAAAGGAGGCAGAAUAUUUUUGUUACGGGACUGAUGGAAAGAAAUGCAUGCCCAACUCUGGAAAUGUUUUUUACUGCAGCUGCUCAGUAUAUUUGUUACUAAAGAUGCCUGUCUUCAAUAGAGGGACUUAUUAUGUUUGUCACAUAAAUCAUUUGGGUUGGCAGAGUAUCUUUUAACAGCAAGGUCACCUAACGCUGUUACUGAAUUACUAUCUCUUAGUUGUUUUGGACAAAAAAUAAAACUGCAAUUGCAUAGCACAUAAUAAAAUGAUGGCCUUCUUAAAAAAAAAAGUUAUUUUUUAAUUAAAUAUUUUGUAUUUAUUCUAUGUGUAUUUCUGGUGUGUUUUGUUUACAAAUUAAAGCACUAUUUUUGAAAAUAUUG